AUGGCGCCCGUCUUUUUGGCGCCCGAAAUCAUUGGGCGCAUCAUAUUCUUUCUCACCCAUUUUAAUCCUCCAGGUUACAUUCCAAAUGAUUGGAGGCUCCUCCCAGACGCCGGUCAAUAUGCCUGCGUCAGCCGCUUCUGGCAGGAUGAGAUUGAGCGGGAAACCUUCGCCACUUUGCGUCUCAACUUGCCUCGGCUGUCACGACUGAACUCCAUCAUGACACCACGGCGCCGUCGGUUUGUGCGCAGGUUCAAUCUUUUUAUUCGGCUACCUGCGCCUGGGCCACGGGACGACCCCGAGACUGACGAUGAGAGGCUGCGGAAUAACCAAGCACUCCAAGCUACGCUUGAAGCGUUUCUGUUGACUUUGAGCCAGUGGACUGCGGCCGAGGUGCACCAAGAUGGCAUUAAGCUCUAUUAUUUCGCGAAUCUACCGCGUGAGGAGAGACCUCCGUCUCCAAUGCCCCAGCCUCGAGUAUCGGCAUGGGUGCACAGAUAUAAAAAAUCGGUGCUAGAGCUGACGGAUCCCGAGCGUAUUGCGCAGCUACCUCCUGUUAUAGCUAUAACAGAGCUCAUGAUGAAUCAACGUCCAUUACACCAGAGACAUCUAGCCAAUACACUGUUUCAGAUUAAACACCCAAUCGAAAACUUUACCCUAUGCGAUUCUGUUUAUACUCCAGAUCAGGCUUGGCCUUCUCGAAUUUCUGAGAGACUAUGGCAAGGCGAGGAUAGGCUAUCAGAGUCCAUUCGCAUCCUCUCUCAGCGCGUCAAGGUGCUUGUGAUCGAAGAUAUCGCAAUUAAUGAUGAAAUUUUCUAUCCUCGAGCCCUGUCCGUGGGUUUGACAGAACCGCGAUGGAACCAAUUAGUCUACCUCCGCUUACACUACCUACCAAUUGAUCCUUCAGGGGAAUUACUCUUUCUUCCCGACCCUAAUGAAGCCGAAUCCUAUGACAGCGAGGCCUCGGUAGAUUCUGAUGCAUCUGGCAAUAUGCCCGAGAUAACCUUUUGGUCACUAAGUAUUGCGACUCCAGCCAUACAGAAGCUUCACCUCGCUGCAGCAAGGGCGGUCUUACAGAUGCCUGCACUAAGGGAAAUGGAACUUGAGGCUUCGCUGGGAAAUGAUGACCAUUGGCACCAAUUUUGGUAUCAGAAAGGAGAAUAUUCGGCAAAAGCGAUAUGGACGAGUAACUCUGGGUGGAUCCCCGAAGACGAUGUGUUGGAGUGUUGGCGAAAGGUGCCGAGGAAGCAUUGGAACAUGGAGCUUAAAGUGACAGUUUCAAAUGACAAGCAUGCUGUGUUUUUUGGUAGCAAACCAACCAUUGAUUAA